GUGCUACAUCUUGCUGCCUCUAAUAUGUCUGCCUACAGUGGCAGUCACAUUUUCAAUUGAUAAAUUAUUAUAUUUUUGCUGAGAUGACAAUGUGUUUUUGUAUAUCACCGAAUGAUACAUAUCCAAACAGAUUUCCCUAAAGCGUCAUGGAUAAUCAAAUUGAAACGGCUCUGUGCUGCUUAGACAGCAUUUCCCAGACCUCUGUCACGAUCUCAGACUUUUCAGAUGAGAUUUUACUGAAUAUCCUGCGAUUCAUUCCAAGCCAUGACUUAAUGCUCAAUGUGAGUCAAGUGUGCCGGAAACUUCGAACUCUCUGUCUGGACAAGAGCUUGAGAGCCCAUGUACAUUUGCAGAAAGAAUACACAGCAAACGAUGAUGCUGUGAAGCAGCUCUUGAAGAAACUUUCCAGUGACAUCCAGACUUUAAACUUGAGCAGCUGCUACUGGUUGGCCGGCUCUACAGUGGAUCAGGUCACCCGCUGUAAGGCUCUGGUCAGCCUUGACCUUUCAGGCUGUCAGUUGACUUCAGUUCGCCUCUCACAUCUGCUGACCUCUCUUCGUUCUCUACGCUCACUGGCAUUGGAUGUGGGGCCAGGGUUUGACCUCCAUCAGCUGAGCGCCGAGGGUAAGUCUGCUUUGGCUCGACUGCAGGAGCUCAAGCAGACACUGCUGACUCCCUCAUAUGGCGUGGUGCCGUGCUGCAGUGCCUUACGCCGCCUGCACCUCUAUCUAGAGGCCAGCGAGGGCUGUAGGGAAGCGGGCGGUUGCACACAGCUGAUGGUGGGCCAGAGCAGUGUGCCGCACUAUCAGAACCUGCGUUGGUUCUCCGCACGCCUGGCACCUGGUGAAGUCAAUCGCACUCUGUUGGCACUCUACUUGGCUGUGUUCAGUAUGAGAGUCCCGGAGGGUCUUACGGGACUGGUACUGUCUGUUCCAGGCCCCGUGCCACCAAGGCCAGUUGCAAUGACGGCGUUAAUGGAGAGCAUGGCGUCGACGGUGGGAAACACCGUUAGCGCCCUCCAGCUUCCACGUACGUGGUUGGAUGGUGCUAUACUUGGUCUGGUUUUGGCGCAUGGUUGCCCCUCUUACCUAAAUGUCUCACGCUGUUCAUCUCCAGGGUUCAAUCCUCUACAUGUGCUCCUUAGUGCGGGUCGUGACCUCACACCCUUAAAGAGUCUCAACUUGCGCGGCUGUGGCCGAGGACCUCUCGCCGAGAGCUGUGGGAAGGGUGAGGAGGAGAUGGAUGCAGAGAGUGUCAAAGCACUUACUGAAUGUUGCCCGCAUCUUAUUUGCCUUAAUUUAUCUGCCACGCACUACCACCUUCCCGCUGGGGAGGAUGGACACUUGUGUGGUGCUUUAGGGCGUCUCGCUGCCUUGUGCUCUUUGGCACUUCCGGUGUGUGCCUUGGCACAGUCCCCUCCAGCACCUGUGAACAUUCAAGACCCCCACACAGACCUUUUCUCAAGAUCACUACUUCUCGGGCUUAAAAAGAGCAGCCGUAUUGGUGUGCCCACAUAUCGACCAACAACAGAGGUCACAGUGGGUCAGGGUGAAGAGCGGCAGGAUAGAAGCUUGUGCAUUCAGCCUCUGCUUCAAGGCUGCCCAUAUCUAGUGGAGCUGGAGCUGAUUGGAGCAGGGUUUUCCUCUGCAAUGCCACGGAACGAGCCGGCCAUCCGCAAGGACCCCGCCGCAUGCCCCUGGUCCUACAAUGUCGGAGAUGGUGAGUUAGCUGCUUUGGGAGGGAUUAAAUAUUUGCGCAAGCUCACCCUCGCUCACUUACCGGGAGUUCUGAAGGGGACAGGACUGAUCGAGCUGGUUCAGGGGUGCAAGGAUCUUCGGUUGUUAUCACUCGCAAAUCUUGGAUCUUUAAAGACUAUGAAUUACACACAGGCCCUGCUGGAUGCUCUUCCCUACUGUACGCAACUCAGGGACUUCAGGCUGGAGCAACCCUACUGUAAUGCAAACGUUGCGUUUUUUGAAGCACUCAGUCAGUGUCACCAGCUGCAGCGUCUGUGUUUAGUUUCUCGACAUGGCACUUUCCAGCCCGCCGCUGUGGCAGCCUUCAUGCAGAGCUGCACUGAAGUCAUCAUGUGCCACAUGUUCAUGGGUGGUACCCUGGUGGCGUGUAAAACACUGCAGAAAAACUUGCUGGACAGUUUUUCAAUAUCUCGUCCAGCCCUUAGUGUGGUGAUAUACCCUUUACUGCACGAGGAUCUGGCCCAUGUGAUCAGAGGUAUGCCACUUUGCCAUCUGGACGAGAUCACACUUUUCAAAAGCCGCGUAGCUGAAGAUCCCAUGAAACAGUGACUGUGACCGCAUCAAAUCAGAAAAUGGAAACCGUGUGGUGGAUUAACCUGGGUAAUGCUUGACCUGUGCUACUUUGAGCAAGAGGAAUCAGAAUUAGGCAUUGUAGGGAUUAUCCUUUUUUUAUUUUAUAUAUAUACAGUACAGACCAAAAGUUUGGACACACCUUCUCAUUCGAAGAGUUUUCUUUAUUUUCAUGACUAUGAAAGUUGUAGAUUCACACUGAAGGCAUCAAAACUAUGGAUUAACACAUGUGGAAUUAUAUACAUAACAAAAAAGUGUGAAACAACUGAAAAUAUGUCAUAUUGUAGGUUCUUCUUUUGCUUUGAUUACUGCUUUGCACACUCUUGGCUUCUCUUGAUGCGCUUCAAGAGGUAGUCAUCUGAAAUGGUCUUCCAACAGUCUUGAAGGAGUUCCCCGAGAGAUGCUUAGCACUUGUUGGCCCUUUUGCCUUCUGUCUGCGGUCCAGCUCACCCCUAAACCAUCUCGACUGGGUUCAGGUGACUGUGGAGGCCAGGUCAUCUGGCGCAGCACCCCAUCACUCUCCUUCUUGCUCAAAUAGCCCUUGAUGCCUUCAGUGUGACUCUACAGUUUUCUCUUUGAAUGAGUGUGUCCAAACUUUUGGUCUGUACUUUCUGGGAAAACCACUUAAAAACCAAUCAUUGAGCUAAAUGGACAAUCACAACUUUUAAUAAGGUCAUCGUUUCUCAGUAAAGAGGUGGUGUAAACAAACUCUUUAUCAGGUUGACAUGUCAUCUUUGACUAUGUGCCAAAAUAAAACCUUGUUCAUAUCUUCAUGCUUUGUUCACUGAGAUAUUCUCUCUCUCUUAGUUUGAAAUGCUAUAGCCACUGUUAAGGCACAUGCCAUCUGAAACUAAUGAGCAGUUCAGCUUUUACAACUGUUUUGUUGGACCUUUAGAUUAUCUGUUCGUUCUCACAAGUUAAGAUUUGUGAACAUACUGUUUUUUUGAGUCAUCUUUACAAUGAAUAGGUUAAUAUGGUUAACAGAACUGGUUUCAGUGAGUUGCUUCUUCUCUCAUAAACACACCAAGGAAAGACAUAAACAAAAGUAAACUGUAAUUUGCAGACAGGUGUUUGAUUGUUUAGAGUUUCAAACAAACUUUUGAUAUAAAGCCUUUAAUUUUUUACAAAUAAAACAUUCACAGAUUAAUAUUGUCAAAUAUGGUGAAAUUUUAUGUAUGACAUUAAUUACUCACCCUCAUGUAAGACCCUCAUUCAUCUUCAGAAAUCAAAUUAAGAUAUUUCUGAUGAAAUCCGAGAGCUUUCUGACCCUCCAUAGACAGCAAUGCAACUGUCAGGUUCAAGGCCCAAGAAGGCUGUAAGAACAUGUGACACAUGUGCAUGUGACAUCAGUGGUUCAAACGUAAUUUUAUGAAGCCAUGACAAUACUUUUUGUGUGCAAAGAAAACAAAAGUAAAAAUCUUCUCUUCCCUUUCAGUCUUCGAUGCAUGUUCAUCAGAGUACAACGAUGUAUGCAUCAAAAUUUUGUUCCUGUGGCUCAAUUGGUAGAGCAUUGUGUUAGCAGCGCAAGGGUUUGAUUCUCAGGGAACACAUGUUAGGUAAAAAAUGUUAGCCUGAAUGCACUGUAAGUCGCUGGAUAAAAGCGUCUGAUAAAUUCAAUAAAAAAUUUGACAAAG